AAACAAUAAGUGACGAUCGAAGAAGACAGUUGUAUCAGCGUAAGGAAUUAACGAUGGAGAACGUUUUGAUCGAGUGAGACAUUUCAAUUGAAGUGAAAUAAAUACAGAGUAUCGAAGAUUUCUCAGAAUCGGAAUGUUGAAGCGAUUCUAAGUUGCAGAACAUGCUGGCUUCUCCUUGUGUUCUUCCUUCGACUGUUCUUGCUUCUUUGUCACUUUCGGCAAAGAAGAAUUUCACUUCGGACUCGAGGAAUCAAUGUUCUUCAUUGAGACAACAAAUUGUGCUGAAUUUUGGGUCUAGAAUGUCGCAUCACCGGCAGAUGCACCCAUUUAUGGAUCCAUUCUCGACUUACAAAAGGGUUUACAGGCCUGCUAUUAUCUCUUCUGUCAUGACAGAUGAUACAUCAACAGCGUCAUCUGCUGACGAGAACAUGAAGGAUAUUGGCAUCUUGCGCCAUGAUCCAAGCUUGGAACCCUUCAAAGAUCAUUUCAAAUACAGAAUAGGGAGAUAUUCGGAUGUUCUAAACCUUUUUGAUAAGCAUGAAGGAGGCCUUGAUGAAUUUGCACGAGGAUACCUAAAAUUUGGCUUUAAUAGAGAAGGAGAUGGCAUUGUGUAUCGUGAAUGGGCUCCAGUUGCUCAGGAAGCACAAAUUAUCGGGGACUUUAACGGAUGGGAUGGUUCCAACCACCGAAUGGAAAAGAACGAAUUUGGCAUUUGGAGUAUAAAUAUUCCUGAUAUUGAUGGCAAACCUGCCAUUGCUCACAAUUCAAGAGUUAAGUUCCGUUUUAAGCAUGGGAAUGGAGCUUGGAUUGAUCGCAUACCUGCUUGGAUUAAAUAUGCCACUGUGGAUCCUACAAGAUUCGGGGCACCAUACGAUGGCGUGUAUUGGGAACCCCCUCCUUUAGAAAGAUAUGAAUUUAAGCAUCCACGUCCAGCAAAGCCCAAGGCCCCACGUAUAUAUGAAGCUCAUGUUGGAAUGAGUAGCUCAGAACCACGAGUUAAUUCAUACAGAGAAUUUGCGGAUUUUGUUUUACCUCGUAUUAAAGAAAAUAACUACAAUACCGUCCAGUUGAUGGCUAUUAUGGAACAUUCAUAUUAUGCAUCAUUUGGGUAUCACGUUACGAACUUUUUUGCUAUGAGCAGUAGAUCUGGAACUCCAGAGGAUCUAAAAUACCUUAUUGACAAGGCUCAUGGAUUGGGUUUACGGGUGUUGAUGGAUAUUGUUCAUAGCCAUGCAAGUAACAAUGUCACUGAUGGCCUUAAUGGCUUUGAUGUUGGUCAAAGUACCCAAGAUUCUUAUUUCCACACUGGAGAUCGUGGUUAUCAUAAGCUGUGGGAUAGUAGACUCUUCAAUUAUGCCAAUUGGGAAGUUCUGCGUUUCCUUUUAUCAAACAUAAGAUGGUGGUUGGAGGAGUACCAAUUUGAUGGCUUUCGAUUUGAUGGAGUAACUUCGAUGCUGUAUCAUCACCAUGGAAUCAACACCGCUUUCACUGGAAAUUAUAACGAGUAUUUUAGUGAAGCAACAGAUGUUGAUGCUGUUGUGUAUUUGAUGCUAGCAAAUAAUCUGAUUCAUAGCAUUUUGCCAAAUGCCACUGUAAUUGCUGAAGAUGUUUCGGGCAUGCCUGGUCUUGGAAUACCUGUUUCUGAAGGGGGUAUUGGUUUUGACUACCGUCUUCAAAUGGCAAUUCCUGACAAAUGGAUUGAUUACGUGAAGAACAAAAAUGAUGAGGAAUGGUCCAUGGGCGAGAUAAGUUGGAACUUGACAAAUAGAAGAUAUUCAGAGAAGUGCAUAUCUUACGCUGAGAGUCAUGAUCAGUCGAUUGUUGGAGACAAGACCAUUGCAUUUCUGCUAAUGGAUAAAGAAAUGUAUUCUGGCAUGUCUUGUUUGACAGAGGCAUCUCCUGUUGUUGAAAGAGGGAUUGCGCUGCACAAGAUGAUACAUUUUAUAACCAUGGCUUUAGGAGGGGAAGGUUAUCUUAAUUUCAUGGGAAACGAGUUCGGGCAUCCCGAGUGGAUCGACUUCCCACGAGAAGGCAACGGGUGGAGUUAUGACAAGUGUAGGCGACAAUGGAAUCUUCCUGACACAGAUCACCUGAGAUACAAGUUUUUGAAUGCUUUUGACAGAGCAAUGAACUCGCUUGAUGAUAAGUUUUCAUUCCUUGCAUCAAGUAAGCAGAUUGUGAGCUGUACAAGUGAAGAAGAAAAGGUGAUCGUCUUUGAACGUGGAGACCUAGUGUUCGUGUUCAACUUUCAUCCCAUAAACACUUACGACGGAUACAAAGUCGGGUGUGACAUACCUGGAAAGUACAGAGUCGCACUUGAUAGCGACGCUUCGGAGUUUGGCGGACGUGGAAGAGUAGGCCACGACAUCGACCAUUUUACAUCCCCAGAAGGAAUCCCCGGGGUACCCGAAACAAAUUUUAACAACCGACCCAAUUCCUUCAAAGUUCUUUCACCAGCUCAAACUUGUGUGGUUUACUACAGGGUUGAUGAAAGCAAAGAAAAAGAAAAUGGUGUUUCAGUUGGUGCGAGCGAGGCACAUGCCACCGAUGUCGUCUUAGCUCGGGACAAGGAAGGUGAGAUUUCAAAGAUCAAAGGCGAUGAUGAUGUUCACACGAGCAAGAUAGAAGAUUUUCCAGUGAGAGAGGACCAAGUAGAGCAGCAAGGACAUCAGAUGAGUAGAAAAGUUGUUUGAAUACAAUACAUUGAGUUUCUAAUGUAAAUAUAUAAAACUCAAUGUAUGCAACAAAACUUGAAUAAUGUCCAAAAUUUCACUCUUGAAGUGUAUUUUGUA